AUGACCGAAUCCAAAGUCUCUUCCACUUACGAAAAACAAUUUACCGCAAAUCGAGAUGAAUCAUUCGAGGCUUUGAAACAAGCUAGAUAUGGUGGGAAAGGGUUAUCUGAUCCUAUAAAGACCGUCGAGGAUAAAUGGCAGCUAUUACCAGCCUUUUUAAAAGUAAAAGGACUGGUCAAACAGCACAUAGACUCGUUCAAUUACUAUAUUAAUGUUGACCUAAAAAAGAUCGUCAGAGCGAAUGAAAGAAUAAGUUCAGAUGUCGAUCCGAGAUUUUGGCUCAAAUUUACAGAUAUUCGGGUGGGAAUGCCAGAACGCCCCGAUCAAUUGGACCAGAAUCGUAUAUUCACUCCACACGAAUGCCGAUUACGUGACUUGACAUAUUCGGCACAGAUCUAUGUUGAUAUACAUUAUGUCAGAGGAAAUCAGCGUGUGCAAAGAAAAAACGUGUCGAUCGGUAGAAUGCCAAUCAUGUUGAGGAGCUCGCACUGUGUAUUGACCGGCAAGUCAGAUGCGGAGCUUGCGCAAAUGUGCGAAUGUCCGUUAGAUCCAGGUGGUUACUUUAUUGUCAAGGGAACUGAAAAGGUUAUUUUGAUUCAAGAACAGCUUUCUAAGAAUCGUAUUAUUGUUGAGAAAGGUGACAAGAAAGCUGUUCAAGCUUACGUCACAAGUUCUACUCACGAACGUAAGAGUAAAACGUAUAUUAUUGCAAAGAAUGAUGUUAAAAAUGACAAGAUUUACUUGAAGCACAACUCUAUAUCAGAUGACAUACCAAUAGUUAUUGUCAUGAAGGCAAUGGGAGUCCAAUCGGACAAGGAAAUAGCUCAAUUGAUCUCGGGGGGCAAUCAGACAUUCUUGAAUAUGUUUGCACCUAAUAUAGAAGAAUGUGCACAGAUGAAGAUUUUUACUCAACAACAAGCUCUUGAUUAUAUCGGAAGUAAAGUAAAAGUUACCAGAAAAAUCGCCACAGUGCGUAGGCCUAUGGCCGAGGAAGCAUUGGAGAUUUUGGCAACUGUCGUUCUUGCACACGUACCCGUGGAGAAUUUAGAUUUCAGGCCAAAGUGCAUUUAUAUCGCGAUAAUGAUUAGAAGAGUUUUGAUGGCUAUGGCUAACGAGUCGUUGAUGGAUGACAGAGAUUAUGUCGGCAACAAGAGGCUUGAAUUAGCGGGCUCGUUACUAUCCCUUCUUUUUGAAGAUUUAUUUAAGAAAUUUAACCAUGAUCUUAAAACCAAUAUUGACAAAGUGCUCAAGAAACCAAAUAGAGCGCAGGAAUUUGACGUCUACAAUCAGCUUCAAUGUCAUGGUGAUCAUAUAACCAGUGGGUUUGUUCGGGCAAUAUCAACCGGCAAUUGGUCUCUCAAGCGAUUCAAAAUGGAACGUGCAGGGAUUAGUCAUGUAUUAUCUCGCUUGAGUUAUAUUUCUGCAUUAGGCACGAUGACAAGAAUAUCAUCUCAUUUCGAAAAGACAAGAAAAAUUAGUGGGCCUAGAGCUCUUCAGCCAUCGCAAUGGGGUAUGCUCUGUCCUGCAGAUACGCCUGAGGGUGAAGCGUGUGGAUUGGUUAAGAAUCUUGCAUUGAUGACGCACAUUACGACUGAUGACGAAGAAGAGCCGCUGAAACGGCUUGCCUUCAUUCUUGGUGUUGAAGAUGUCAGUUUAUUCACUGGCGCGGAACUUUAUCGUCCUAAUACUUACAUGGUGUUUCUUAAUGGUCUGAUGCUUGGAAUCACUCGCCGACCGAUGAAGUUUGUCCGAGAUUUCCGUAAAUUACGUCGUCGUGGUCGUAUAUCGGAAUUCGUCAGCAUCUAUGUGAAUCAUCAUCAUGCUGCUGUACAUAUUGCUUCAGACGGUGGUCGCGUGUGUCGUCCUCUUAUUAUUGUCGACAAUAUGGCACCAAAGGUGACAAAUAAUCACAUUCAACUUCUGAAACAAGGAAAACUGGGAUUUGCUGAUUUCUUGAAGCGAGGUCUUGUGGAAUACUUGGACGUGAACGAGGAGAAUGACUCGAACAUUGCAAUAUAUGAGAGAGAGAUUAUACCCGAGACUACGCAUUUAGAGAUUGAACCGUUUACAAUUUUAGGUGCCGUGGCUGGACUUAUUCCAUAUCCACAUCAUAAUCAGAGCCCAAGAAACACGUAUCAAUGCGCAAUGGGCAAGCAGGCAAUUGGGGCUAUAGCAUUCAAUCAAUUUGAAAGAAUAGAUACACUCCUCUAUCUUAUGGUAUAUCCUCAACAGCCACUAGUUAAGACCAAGACUAUAGAAUUAAUCGGAUAUGAUAAAUUGCCAGCUGGACAGAAUGCCAUCGUGGCAGUAAUGAGUUACUCUGGAUACGAUAUAGAAGAUGCAUUGGUACUCAACAAAGCAUCAAUAGAUCGUGGUUUUGGACGAUGUCAAGUAAUGAGAAAAUAUGUCAGCGUCCUCAAAAAAUAUCCGAAUGGAACGUUUGACAGGUUGGCAGACCCACACCAGGACAGGAAAUAUGAUAUACUAGAAGCGGACGGAAUAGCCGGCGUUGGAGAAAGAAUAGCACCGUCGCAAGUCUACAUUAAUAAACAAACACCCACAAAUCUCACUACUCUUGUGUCUAAUGUGGAUAUAUCGGCAAAUACUUACAAGAAUGCUCCUUUAUUCUACAAAUCACCUGAACCCGGAUACGUUGAUAAAGUUAUUCUGACUACUACCGAUAGUGAUCAAACAUUAAUAAAAGUGCUGAUACGGCAAACCAGGGUUCCUGAACUAGGAGACAAGUUCUCCUCUCGUCACGGACAGAAGGGAGUCUGUGGCAUCAUAGUACCGCAGGAAGACAUGCCAUUUACGGACCAAGGCAUUUGUCCAGAUAUUAUCAUGAAUCCGCAUGGAUUUCCAUCUCGAAUGACUGUUGGGAAAAUGAUUGAACUGUUGGCUGCAAAAGCCGGCAUUCUGAAGGGUAAACUACAGUAUGGGACUGCAUUCAGUGGAAGUAAAGUCGAGGAUAUGAGCAGGAUUUUAAUUGAAAAUGGAUUUAGUUAUUCAGGCAAGGACUAUGUCACUUCAGGUGUCACAGGUGAACCCUUACAGGCAUACAUAUUCUUUGGACCCGUGUACUACCAAAAGUUGAAACAUAUGGUGGUCGACAAGAUGCAUGCACGAGCGAGAGGACCACGAGCGGUUCUCACUCGUCAACCAACAGAAGGCCGUUCCCGCGAUGGUGGUCUCCGUUUAGGCGAGAUGGAGAGAGACUGUCUAGUUGGGUACGGAGCAAGUAUGCUACUCAUGGAGAGAUUAAUGCUCUCUUCUGACGAGUUUGAUGUGCAUGUUUGUGAAAAUUGCGGAUUACUAGGUCAUCAAGGAUGGUGCCAACAUUGCAGGUCUAGCAAAUAUAUGGUAACCAUGCAGAUGCCAUAUGCGGCAAAGUUAUUGUUCCAAGAGUUACAGAGUAUGAAUAUUGUGCCGAGAUUAGUGCUCGAGGAGUUUUGA